AUGAUGCGUCUCCGGCUCUUCUGCAUCCUGCUCGCCGCCGUCUCGGGAGCCCGGGGCUGGGGCUACUACGGCUGUGACGAGGAGCUGGUUGGGCCCCUGUAUGCACGCUCCCUGGGCGCCUCCUCCUACUAUGGGCUCUUCACUGCGCCCCGUUUUGCCCGGCUGCACGGCAUAAGCGGAUGGUCUCCCCGGAUUGGGGACCCAAAUCCCUGGCUCCAGAUCGACCUAAUGAAGAAGCACCGGAUCCGGGCUGUGGCCACGCAGGGCUCCUUUAACUCUUGGGACUGGGUCACACAUUACAUGCUGCUCUAUGGCGACCGAGUGGACAGCUGGACACCGUUCUAUCAGCGAGGGCACAACGCGACCUUCUUCGGUAACGUGAACGAGUCGGCGGUGGUUCGCCACGACCUGCACUACCACUUCACGGCGCGCUACAUCCGUAUCGUGCCCUUGGCUUGGAACCCGCGCGGCAAGAUCGGCCUGAGACUCGGCCUCUACGGCUGCCCUUACAAGUCCGACGUGCUCUAUUUCGAUGGUGAUGAUGCCAUCUCGUACCGCUUCCCGCGAGGGGUCAGUCGGAGUCUGUGGGACGUGUUCGCCUUCAGCUUUAAGACCGAAGAGAAGGACGGGCUCCUGUUGCACGCCGAGGGCGCCCAGGGCGACUACGUGACACUCGAGCUGCAGGGGGCGCACUUGCUGCUGCACAUGAGCCUGGGCAGCAGCCCCAUCCAGCCAAGGCCCGGUCACACAACCGUGAGCGCUGGUGGCGUCCUCAAUGACCAGCACUGGCAUUACGUACGUGUGGACCGAUUUGGCCGCGAAGCAAAUCUCACCCUGGACGGCUACGAGCAGCGCUUCGUGCUCAAUGGCGACUUUGAGAGACUGAACCUGGACACCGAGAUGUUCAUCGGGGGUCUGGUGGGCGCCGCGCAGAAGAACCUUGCCUAUCGGCAUAAUUUCCGCGGCUGCAUGGAAAACGUGAUCUUCAACCGAGUCAACAUCGCGGACCUGGCCGUGCGGCGCCAUUCGCGGAUCACCUUCGAGGGUAAGGUGGCAUUCCGUUGCCUGGACCCGGUCCCUCACCCCAUCAACUUUGGAGGUCCUCAUAACUUCGUGCAAGUUCCUGGCUUCCCUCGCCGAGGCCGCCUCGCAGUCUCUUUUCGCUUCCGUACCUGGGAUCUCACCGGGCUGCUACUUUUCUCCCGCCUGGGGGAUGGGCUGGGCCACGUGGAGCUGAUGCUCAGUGAAGGGCAGGUCAAUGUGUCCAUCGUGCAGACUGGCCGAAAGAAACUUCAGUUUGCUGCUGGUUUCCGCCUGAAUGAUGGCUUUUGGCACGAGGUGAAUUUUGUGGCACAGGAAAACCAUGCAGUCAUCAGCAUUGAUGAUGUGGAGGGGGCAGAGGUCAGGGUCUCAUACCCACUGCUGAUCCGUACAGGAACCUCAUACUUCUUUGGAGGUUGUCCCAAGCCAGCCAGUCGAUCGGGCUGCCACUCCAACCAGACGGCGUUCCAUGGCUGCAUGGAGCUGCUCAAGGUGGAUGGUCAACUGGUCAACCUGACUCUGGUGGAGGGCCGGCGGCUUGGAUACUAUGCUGAGGUCCUCUUUGACACAUGUGGCAUCACUGAUAGGUGCAGCCCUAAUAUGUGUGAGCAUGACGGACGCUGCUACCAGUCUUGGGAUGACUUCAUCUGCUAUUGUGAACUGACAGGCUACAAGGGGGAGACCUGCCACCAACCUUUGUAUAAGGAAUCCUGUGAGGCUUAUAGGCUCAGUGGGAAAACUUCUGGCAACUUCACCAUUGAUCCUGAUGGGAGUGGCCCCCUGAAGCCAUUUGUAGUGUACUGUGAUAUCAGAGAGAACCGGGCCUGGACAGUUGUGAGGCACGACAGGCUGUGGACAACUCGGGUGACAGGUUCUAGCAUGGAGCGGCCAUUCCUCGGGGCCGUCCAGUAUUGGAAUGCAUCCUGGGAGGAAGUCAGUGCCCUGGCCAAUGCUUCCCAGCACUGUGAACAGUGGAUUGAGUUCUCCUGCUACAAUUCCCGGCUGCUCAACACUGCAGGAGGCUACCCCUAUAGCUUCUGGAUUGGCCGAAACGAGGAGCAGCACUUCUACUGGGGUGGCUCGCAGCCCGGCAUUCAGCGCUGUGCCUGUGGUCUGGACCGGAGCUGUGUGGACCCCGCUCUGCACUGUAACUGUGACGCCGACCAGCCCCAGUGGAGAACCGACAAGGGCCUGCUGACUUUUGUGGACCAUUUGCCUGUCACU